AUAUCUUAUUGUAAAAUACUACUUCGAAAAAUUCAUAUUGGAAAUGUUUUUUCAACCCUUGUCUGCAAACUUCUGGUUGAUAACAUGAAAAAACAAGUUAGAUGCACCACAAAUUGAACAAGACUUACAUGAAGAACAUAAAAAAGACCAUUUCAAAGUGGUUGGUUCAUGAAAAGAUCAAAGCAAGUGAUUAUCUUAAUAGAAGAAAUCUUAACAGCUUUAUCAUCUUUACAAAGUCAUUAAUAUCGUAAGUUACUCUUAGAUGCUGCAGAAAAUGAGAUCGAGCAACGUAUCAAAAUGCAAAAGCAUUUAGAGAGCCAGCUAAACUGCCAAAUGGAGCGGAUAUUGAACCUGCACGAACAACUGGAUAACACAGAAACUAGGGCAAAACAACGAGAAAACGAAGAUCUGAUGUUGAUGGAGAAGAAAAUGAGAGAACUGAAAAAAGAGCUACAGGCAGAGAGACGAAAUAAGGUUGAAGCGAAUAAUGGACGGGAGGAAUACCAGAGAGAAGUGGACAUGCUGAUCAAUGAAAAUGAUAAUAUGAAAAGGAGACUCAGACAGUAUCAGCAAAUUAUAAAACAAAACGAAGAUAAAUAUGAAUAUUUAAAGGCAGAUUUCAACUCAAUAGUAGCGAGUAAAGAUAACAGAGAAAUUGAAAAGAAACUUCUUGAAGACAAGCAAGCGAUUGAGUGCAGGCUAAAAGAAGAGAGACUAGAGUUUGCAAAGGAGGUCAAGAUCUACCAAAAGAAGUGCCGUGGCUAUGAAGAGAAGGUAAAACUUAUCAACAUAGAAGCUGAAAAGUUAAGGUUUCAACUUUUAGAUACCAAAGGUUGUCAAGAAAAGGAGGCAGAGAGGUAUGCGAGAGAAAAGGAGCUCCUCGAAUCUAAGCUAAGGAUCCAGGAGUCUACUUUGAAGGGUAUCGAAAGCUCAAACAAAGAACUCUCAGAAAAUCUCAGUUCAAAGGACAAGGAAAUAGCAAAGCUUUGGAAAGUAAUCAAUGAAGAAUGUAGAAUGAAAGUAAGUGACGAUGAAGUGAGAAAGCUUUUGGAACAGAAGACGCAACAAGUCAGUCAUCUCCAGAGUAGAAUAAAAGAGAUUGAGAAACAAGUUUUUUAUGACAAGGAAGAGGUAGCUGCCAGGAAAAAAAGUUGUCUGGAGAAAGCAGAGGAAAAGCUGCAAGCACGAGAAGAUGAAGUGAAAAAGCUGGAACAAAAGCUAGAAGAAGCACAAGUCGAAAUACAAAAGAUGCAAAAAGAAACGAGUGAAUUUCAGAUGACACUUCAACAAGAGAGUAAGGCCAAGAGAGAUUUAAAAGAAAAGAAUGAUCAGCUAUUAGUUAUGGUGGGAGAUCUGAGGUAUUCCAACGAGAAACUGCAAGUAAUGAUAAAAGAGAUGGAGACAGAAAAUUUGCAAAGUUCUUGUGCUAGAGAGAAUCUCAAGGAUAAAAAAGUUGAGGCUUUGAAUACAAAGAUUUCAGAGUUGGAAGAGGAAAUCAAAAUUCAGAAGAAAGAAAUAGAAAGAAACAAAGAUCUAAAAGAAAUGAUUCAGAAAUCUGAAAACGAGAAGGAAAAUGCUUUGAAAUUUUUGGAGUCAUUCAAAAUAAAAUUUGAGGCAAUCCAAAGCGAAAUUACAAGGAAGAAACAACAAUUUGAAAGAGAGAUAAUCUCAAUCAAACAAGACCUGGAACAUGAAAAGGGGAAAGGAAAGUCUCUUGCGGAACAGAACUCACAGCUUCGUAACGAGCUUUGCAGACACAGUGAAAACAAAGACGAGUUAGAAAAGGCAAAACAAGAACUGGAGAAUGCAAAUAAAAAGAUUGAAAGGCUUACAGAAAACACUAAGAGACUAACGCAUAACACUAAGGAAAUAGAAGAGUGUUGUAUCAGUUUGAAGAAGGAAUUACAAGCAAAAAAAGAUGAACAUAUAAAGCAAAAACAAGUUUACCAAAGGAAGGACAAAGAAUUUGAAGAAGUAGUGAAAGCAAAAGAGGCUAUCCGUAAACAGCUGGAAACAAGAGUGGCGGAAGCUGAAGGAAAAUUCAGAGAGAUAGAGAAAAUGUACAAAAAAGAACAAGAAAAUGAUUAUAAGACAAAGUUGGAUAUUUCGGAGAAAAAUGUUGUGCAGUUGAAGAAGGAUAAUGAAAAGCUGCAAGAAGAAAUUGCAAGGAAAGACAAAUCUCUGUCUGUUCAAGCGAAUGCGAUGCAGAACGUUAAAGAAUUAUCAAAACAACUUGAUGUUCUGCGUCACAAUUUAGAGCAGGAGAGAGCAAGAAAGGUCCAGGGUCUUCAAAAUGACAACAGCAAAAAUGCAGCAGAAGACGCAAGUCUGCACGAUACUCUUCGUAAAGACAUCGAAAAUUUAAGGGUAGAGCUUGACGCCAAACAAAGUGAGGUUCUGAAGUGUAAAUCGACAAUUGAUAGUUUGAAGAAGGAAAUCGAGUAUAGAAAAGAAAAAUUUCAUGAUAUUUCUUCUGUGGUUAAGUCCGCAGAGAAAAACAUGGUGGAGGUAUCAGAGAAAGCGACAAAAAUUGAGACAGAUCUAAAGAAGAAGGUUGUUGACGCAAAAAACGAGCUCAAAGAUGCCAAGACGAAGAUUAAAGAAAUGGAAAAACAGUGCAAAGUUUUAGAAAAUGAAGUAAAGACCAGUAAAGAAGAACUUGCAGCUGUGAAAGAACAAAACAGUGAUAUGCAGAUAAAAAAUAAGAACAUUGAAGUAUAUCUUCAAGAAAAAGAAAGGCUUAAAGCUGAAGUGAAUCAUCUGCAAAAGUGCAUAAAAGAAAUGCAUGAAAAGACGAAGUGUUUUGAAGAAGAGCGAAAAAAAAUGAACGAACAGAAACGAGAGCUCAGUAAUGAGGUUGAUUCAAGAAAAGAGGUCGCAGAAAGUCUCAGGAAGAAAAACGAUGAAUUAGAAAAAGCAUUUUUGAAAAUAAAAUCUUUAGAAGUGGAGAAGCAAGAAUUAUUUGACAGAUAUCAAAUCCUGGAGGCAACUAUCAAAAACCUUCAAGAAGAUCACGGAAGUUGCAAGAAAGAAAUAGAGCCAAAAUAUGAGUCAGACUUUGAAGAAGACAACGAAAUGACAAUUGCGGCAGAGGCAAAUACCAGUAAAUGCGAAGAGAAAGAAGAGGAUGAAGUACAGUUUGAUGAUGAUGAUGAUGACUUUUGGAAUACACUUAUUGAUGAUGUAAACAGAACAGAGAAGACAAGUAUCUAUGAAAUGCUUUCCAAACCAGGUCCUGCAAAUAUAUCAAUGACAACAGAUGAAUCAAAAAGUGACGUUGGAGUGAGUACUAGUAAUUCUAGUGACGGUCCGCUUCUGACUUUUUGUGGCAAUCUGGAUGCAGAUGUGAACAAUGUGCAAAAAGAGACAGAAACAAGCAAUGGGUUCGUUGAUGAAGAUGAAGAUGUGCUAAGCCAAUUUAUCAAAAAACAAAAAAAUGCUAGGUCUAAACCACGUAUGACGUCACAUCAAAAGCAAAUGAUGGAAGAAUUAGGCCUAGAUGGUGAGCAGUUGUAUCUUGAUGACUUAGUUGUCGAAGUUGAGGACAGUGAUGAAGACGAUAACAAGAUUCCUGCAGCACUAUUGAAGUCAGAAGAUAGCACAAAAGUUCCAAAGGAAGAAGUUUAUUCCGUUAACACGAGCUCGAAGCAAGGGCAAGGCGAAGCUAGUUCAAAUUUUUACCUCCCAACACAAAAACCUUUGACAAGAAACACUCAGCUGCCACCGCUGCGCAGGAAACCAGACACUUUACCACCUCUUAGGAAAAACACGAAUUAACUAACUUUUUUAGAUAUUUCAAACUAUCUUAUAAGUAAAUAUAACCAUUUUUCGUGUAAUAAAAAAACUUUAUUGUGAUCUUAACCAAUAAAGAGUCAUGUUUAUUGAGAUUCACUGCUGAAACGGGUCGGGUUUAGUUUCAUAUCUAGUUCAUCAAUAGGCCUAAAGUACGGAUAGUUUUUAAAUUGCAACAGUAAAAGAGAUUAAUUAUAUUCAAUGAAAAAUUAAUAAACAACUACAAAGAUUUGUUUAUUCUUCCUUUAAAUUUUUUCAUUAUCUCAUUUGCAGAUCCAAAAAAAUGUGUGACAGGAUAUAGAUAUGGGAGAAAUGCAUGAUUCUAGUGAAAACAGACAAUAGUUUAUAAAUAUAGCAAAAUUACACUAAAUUACAACAAAAUUUUAUCAACAGUACAAGAAUGAUAUUUCAUAAUAUUUGAGGUUAAGUUACGGAAUCUCACCUGAGUU